AUGCCGCCAAAAACCAGAGGAAGUAAAACACUAAAAAUAUCUAAAGAAAAUGUGGGGCUUACGAAUAGAGUUAAACUUAAAGCGUUAGAAAAUACAAAAAAGCCUCAAAGAAAAGUGCUAUCUGAUAAAACAAACUCUGCUUCGGAUGACAAUGCCAAUUCGUCCCCAUUAAAGAAUGUUGAGACCUACAAAUUUGAAGAAACUGAACUAAGAAAGCCUCGACGCAAAAGAAAACUUCCAGCGAGAUAUCACGAAAACCAAGCUUUGGUUAGUCUAUGUAACAGCAACAAUGAACAAAUUUCUCCUACACCAAAACCUGUCAAGUCAAAGACUAAGACAAAAUUACCUAUUAAAAAAGAUAUACAAAAAUCCCCUCUUAAAACCACCUCAAAAAUAUUACCAAAUAGCAUAUUAAAAUCACGUCCAAAAAGAGUUUGUAGGAUACCAUCAAAUUUAGAAGGUCACUCAGUUAGCCCAUUCAAAUAUAUUCCAUUGCAACCAGUGAGUACCAGUACACCUGUUGCAAAUAAAACUAUUAAAAAUACUGCUAAAAAUAAAAACACUUCACUUGUAAAAACACCCAGUCCUGUAUUAAACAAUGUUAGAAAACAACCCAUACCAAAACUGAAUAAAAAGAAAAAUGCCGCUUCUGCAGCUGAUACUAAUAACAAUGGAAAGAAGCAACAACAGAUUGAUAAAUGUUUUGAAAAACAAAUACAGUCUGGUAAAUCUAAAAAGAUUCCAUCAAAUUCUUUCAGAGUAUUUGAUGACAUUAAAAAGUCUCAAAAAAGAAAUUCAGUUAAGAAUGAUCCAUAUGAGUUUACAUUUGACCCAGAUGAGGAACCACCUCAGAAAAAAAAGAAGAAGCGUCUUGCUAAGCCAAGACAGCCAAAACCUAAAACAGCCAUUAAGGGUGCUUAUGAGAAAAAUUUAGCUAAAGCUUUAGCUACUUUAAAGAAUACUUUGGCAAUGAAGACUCCAUCUGGUAGAGAUGUGCAAGUACUUAAUUCACAAAAUGUAAUUAAUAUUAAUAAUGGUAGUGAUAAAAAAAAUGAUGCUAUUUUAAAAGCUCAAGUAAAUGAGAUAAACAAUGGUAUCCCAUGUGCAAAUAAUUAUAAUUCUGUAAGAAUUGAAGAUAUUGCAAUGGACUUACAAGAGCACGAUCACACUUUAGACUAUUCACCUGUUAAUUCACCACAACAUAGUGUACCCAUGGUAGUGGCAGAAAAUGUGUCAGCAAAUAAAAAGGAUCCUUUGAAUCUGAGAGAUAGUUUAAGUUUCUUCGAUGAUCAGCCUAUAGCCAGUAGUAGUAUGAAUGCAUCAAUUAGACAUCCCACUGCUAGUCCUUGGAGAAUAGAAUUUGGUAGCUUACCAAUAAAAUGGCCAGUUAAUACCUAUGUUAAGCCAAAUAUGACACCAGCUGUUGAAAGUUCUUACAUAAACUUUAAUGAUUCAAAAAAUAAGCAUGUUUAUACAAACAUUGUACCUAUAAAUGACACAUUGCCACAGGAAACAAGCCUCAAACAAACAAGCAUUAUUUCAUUUAUAAAGGAAGUUGCUGAACGAAAUGCUAAGAAGAAAAUGAAGUCAACUCCAGUUAAAUCAAAUUCAUUGUUUGAAGAUAUCUCUAAUAAAUCUUUCAAUGUGAGUCCAACAAAAAGUGCAUCAAAGAAUAAUUCAAAAGAAAGUAAUUCUGGUCAUAUUGAUGUCAUUGAUGAGAAUGUAGAUAAUUCAAUAAUGAAAACACCAGAAAAAAGUAAUUCUACAACAUGUGGAACAUUCUUUGGUUUUGAUGACACUGAGGAAGAUCAGGAGAAUGUUUCUCCUCUUAAAAAAGACAAGAGACGAGCAUUAAGACCACGAUCAAAGGCCAUUUUGCAGGAAAUUAAUAAUGUAAAUGGACCAUCCAGGGCUAUCAUACCAGUUUCAGUGAAAUCUAAGCUAUUACUUAAUUCAGAUCCUUUGAAUAAUGAUUUUGAAGAUCCUAAAUUGGGGCUAGAGCCGCCACUAUUUCCUGAAAAGGAAACUCAUGUUAAUGGUGAAAAAACUAAUUUAAAUGUUGAAGAUGAUGACUCAAAUUCUGUUCAUUUGUUUGAAGAUAUUGAUCUUAUUCAUCAUUACCACCAGCCACCUCGAAAAAGUUAUGGAAAAGCAAAAAAAGUGACAUUCCGUCAGAAUUCUGCCACAGAUAGUGAUGUUUCUAAUGACGAGGAGCCGGUCUCCGACAAAGAAGAUAAUCUUGAUGAUUUAUCAUUUAAGUUACCCAGCACUAAGCUGAAAAGGGUUCAUAAGAAAAAGUUAACAAAGAAGCAAAAAAUUUCAAAAAAAGAGGAGCAGGAAUUGGAAAACUGGGCUACUGGAUUCAACUCAAUGUGUGAUGAUGUUGAAGAAUUUGAUCUGAUAGUUGAAUAG